AUGGUAUGUCAGGCUCACAUAGCAAAAUGCAGGCUCCAAGGUCCUCAUCGUCCACUUCACAUCUAUCAUCAGCCAGGAGAUUUCAUCAUUGGUGGCAUUGUUUCCCAUGGUGGCUUCUUAUCCACUUCAGCAACAUUCAUGGAGGAACCUCCACCUGUACUGCCUGAAGAACUUGUGGUGGUGCCCAAGACUUACCAGCACAUCCUGGCGUUGGCAUUUGCAGUCAAGGAGAUCAAUGGAUGCUCCCACAUUUUACCCAAUAUCACUUUGGGCUUCCACAUCUAUGACAGCUAUACUAAUGCAAGGAAAACGUAUCUUGCCACACUGAUACUUUUAUCCAAGCUGGAGAAAUGUGUCCCCAACUAUGAGACUGAUAUCCCAAAGUCCACUGGUGGGAUAAUGGACUUCUCCCUUACCACCUGUGUUUGGCUCGUUUAUGGCUCAGCUCCAGUGAUGAAUGAUAAAACCCCAGGGCUUUCCUUCUACCAGUUGACAGCCCAGGAAGACCUUCAAUAUGAGGGAAUUAUCUCUUUGCUUCUGCAUUUCAAGUGGACAUGGAUUGGGGUCACUGCAAUGGACAAUGCCAAUGGGGAAAGAUUUGUGCAUACAGUACUUCAAUUGUUUUCUAAAAAUGGCAUCUGUUUUGCCUUCAUAGAAAGAAUUCCCAGUUUUAGUUUCAUCUCUGAAAUUAAUGACAUGCUACAACAGGGGGCAAAAAUACAUGAUAAAAUAAUGAGCAGCAAGGCUAAUGUAGUGGUGGCCAAUGGAAACUUUUAUUCUAUGGCACUUUUUAAAUGGCUUCCAUACCUAUCAGAACAUGAUAUGACAAAUAAUGUAAAAAGUAAAGUUUGGAUAACAACAGCUGAGAUUGAAUUCAAUUCAUUCGUCUAUCAAAGAAACUGGGAUUCGCGACUAUUCAAUGGUGCUAUAGCCUUUGAAAUUCACUCCCGUGACCCACCUGGAUUUCAUCAAUAUGUUGAGCACAGAAACCCUUCCAACACAGAUGGGGAUGGCUUUAUCAGGGACUUCUGGCAACAGGCUUUUGAUUGUGUAUUCCCAGAUAUCACUGCACACCAGGUGGAGGGGAACAUUUGCACAGCAGAAGAGAAGCUGGAGAACCUUCCAGGGUCAUUUUUUGAAAUGAGUAUGACAGGGCACAGUUACAGUAUCCACAGUGCUGUCUAUGCCAUGGCCCAUGCGUUACAUGCUAUGUCCACAUCCAGACCCAGACACAUAGGAAUGGCAUAUGGAGGGAGAGUGAAGAAUCAAAAUCAACUGUUUUGGCAGCUCCACCACAUUCUGAGACGUAUCUCAUUUAAUAACACUGAAGGAGAUGUGGUAUCCUUCAACAAGAAUGGGGAGGUAACAUCUAGCUUGGAUAUUAUCAAUUGGAUUAUAUUCUCCAAUCAAUCCCUUCAUAGAGUCAGAGUUGGAAGGAUGGAUCCUGGAGCGCCUUCAGAUCAAGCAUUCACCAUUGAUAUAGAAGUAAUAACUUGGCACAGCUGGUUUAACCAGGCCCGUCCUCUUUCGGCCUGUACUGAAAGUUGCCAACCAGGAUUUAGCAAGAAAGUGAAAGAAGGGAAGCCAUUUUGCUGUUAUGACUGCAUCCUGUGUCCGGAGGGCGAAAUUUCAAACCAGGAAGAUAUGAAUGACUGCACUAAAUGCUCAGAUGAAAACUAUCCAAGCAAGGAACGAAAUAUAUGCAUUCCCAAAAGCAUCAGCUUCUUGUCGUAUGAAGAACCUUUAGGCAUCAGUUUAGCUAUAGUUGCUCUUUCUUUUGCUUUCAUCACAACUCUGGUACUGGGAACAUUUCUGAAGAACCACAAGACUCCCAUUGUCAAAGCCAACAACCAGAAUAUCACCUAUACUCUCCUUGUCACCCUCUUGCUAUGCUUUCUUUGUGCUUUACUGUUCAUUGGCCAACCAAAAAAGAUGACAUGUCUCCUGCAACAAGCUGCUUUUGGCAUCAUCUUUUCAGUGGCUGUUUCCUGUGUACUGGCAAAAACUGUCACUGUGAUUCUGGCUUUCACGGCCACAAAACCAGGAUCCAGGAUGAGAAUGUGGGUGGGGAGAAGGCUGGCCAACUCCAUUGUCAUUUCCUGCUCCCUUAUUCAAGCAGGCAUCUGUACACUGUGGUUGGCAAUCUCUCCCCCAUUCCCAGAUGUUGACAAACACUCAAUGCCUGAGGAAAUUAUACUAGAAUGUAAUGUGGGGACUGUGAUUAUGUUUUACUGUGCCCUUAGUUACAUGGGUCUUCUAGCAAUAAUUAGUUUCACAGUGGCUUUCCUUGCCAGGAAAUUGCCGGACAUUUUCAAUGAAGCAAAGUUUAUCACUUUCAGCAUGUUGGUAUUUUGCAGUGUUUGGUUGUCCUUUGUUCCAUCCUACCUGAGUACCAAGGGGAAAUAUACAGUAGCUGUGGAGAUCUUCUCUAUCUUAGCCUCCAGUGCUGGUCUAUUAGGUUGCAUCUUUUCCCCCAAAUGUUAUAUUAUUUUGUUGAGGCCUGAGCUGAAUAAUAGGGAACAGAUAAUAAGCAUUAACAAAAGGAAGAAUUAA